AUGGUUCAACUAACAUCGCUCUUGGGCGCUUUGCCCCUGGCUCUCUCCCUUCCGAGUCUCGUUUCCGCCGCUGCGGUCAAGUCCCGGCAAGCUGCCGCCGCACAGGUCGUCAACCUCGCCUCGAUCGAGAAUCUGGCUGUGCGCUCGAAUGGCCAGAUUCUGGCAACCAACAUGAACAGUGCCAACUUGUAUAGCGUAGACCCAGUCGCGAAGAAAUCGUCCACAGCCGUUGUGGUUACCGGAGCCAGCGGGCUGAGCGGAAUCGGCGAGGUCACCCCAGAUGUAUUCGCCGUGAUCGGGGGGAAGGGCAUCUACAAGGUCGACUUCACCGGAGCAUCCCCAACGUCGGCGCUCAUCAAGCAAAUCACGGAGGCGUCGAACCUGAACGGGCUGGCGGUCCUCAACAAUGAUACGGUCCUGGUCGCCGACGCCGGGAAGGGCAAUGUGUACCGAUUCAGUGUCUCGACUGGCGAAUACUCGGUCGCUCUCACCGACCCAACCAUGGCCCCCUCAGGCGGUAUCCCCUUUGGCAUCGACGGCAUCAAGUACCUCGACGGCGUCGUCUGGUACACCAACAUCUUCAAGAACAGCUUCUACAAGGUCCCCGUCGACGAAACCGGAAAGGCGACUGGAGAGGUCGUUACACUCUGGACGAACUUGAUGGGAGACGAUCUCUGUGUCGGGCCAAAUGGCAAGCUCUACGUCGCGACGAAUAGUGGGAACUCGGUCGUCGAGGUCGACCCUGCGGUUGGCAAGCCCACGGCUAUUGCAAAGGUCACGGGCUCGACCUCUUGCGGGUUUGGGCGUACCGAGGCGGACAAGGAUGUCAUCUACGUUGGUGGUGGUCAGGGCAUCUUCUCGGCAACCGUCACGGUGUAA